AUGAAGUUCUUCUCAGUUGCCACCCUCCUCGCUGCCACCGCUGUGGCCGGCGUUGUCCCUCAAAACUACCAGUGGAUCAGCCACAAUGACCGCUCGGAAUCAGGGCUCACCAGGUCUCAUGCCCAGAACGCCUGCGGAACGAACAAUGUAAGGUGUUGUCAGGGCUUUAGUCCCGAGCACGGACUCUCCCGACAAGAUGAGAGUCGCUUCCGGGCCGGAUUGGGCGAGGGUAUUCCCGGCGAAUUGCAGGGCGGAAACAACUGUGGUCCUUGCGGCAAUGACGAAGGAUCUCGGAGCGUUGCCUGCUGCUCUGAAGGCAGCAAUAACCUCAUCAGCCUCCCGUGCAUUGCCAUCGGGCGCCUAGUCUAA